AUGCAUAUUUGUUGUCAUCUCGAUAUUGUUCAACUGCUGCUGCAACACGGAGCAGACGUCAAUGGAAGAGGAUUCGGAAAUCAAACAGCGAUAUGGCGCGCUGUGAGUACGGGUCAGCGGCACAUCGUGCAGUUUCUUAUGCAAGUGCCGGGCGUCGACUUAAACGUGAAGGAGACGGGGACAGGAGACAAUCUUUUACACCUGGCUGUGAACUCGGAGUACGCGGCAAUUUAUUGGGAUAUAGCGGAGAAGGCCCCGCACCUCGAAGAUGAAAAAAACAAAGAAGCACUGACACCAGUAGGCUGCGCUUCUUCUUCUUUUAUGAAGGCGCUGAAAUUUGAAUUUGAACUUCGAAAAAAUAAAAACGAAGAAAUCAAACAAAUCGAUGAAAAUUAA